AUGAUUUCCUCGCCGAUGCACAGUCGGGACAAGAUCAAGCUUUGCGAGGACAUCAUCCGGGAUCAUUUUGGGCCAACAGCGCAUGUGAGUGAUAUUCGCAGAGUCAUUCAAAGCAGCGUCCGCUAUAAGAUUGGGAUCAGACUUGCGUCGAAUGCUCACCUCCUUGCCGCAUCACGUUCCCAGAGAGUUGCCUGCACAUUACUGGAGCGGGGCAGGUUGAGUCUUCGCGAGUUGCAGAGAUUCCUGGCCACCACCACUACGGUAGCCACUGCCGGAUUGACCACCGCCGAUCUGCUUGCUCACGCGGGAGGCAGUGGAGGAGAGGGUGCCUCGACUUCCGCAGCAGGUCUAGCAGCUGCCCAAACAGCCGCGGCCCAAGCUACGCUCGCGUCAAUCUCCGCCUCAUCCCCUCUCAAAUCCAAAAGGUUGAUUCAACAAACCCUUCUGGUCCUUAUACAGCACAAUGUGUGCUGGCACGUCAGACUGGACAGGGAAGGCUUCAUCUUCGAGACGGAUACGGAUGACUUGGAAAAGGAGAGCAAUUAUGAGGGAACGGAGUACUUUGAAAUCAAUCCCGAUGCUGUGUUGCCUCGUCUAAGGUUCGGGAGGUACAUUGAGACUGCCCAAGAAGAGUUUGGAGAAGAAGUGAGUGAAGUGCGCGUGCGCGUGCGCAUACACAUGCUUCGGCGCGCGUCUGACUCGCUCGGCGAUUUUACCAUUUGCAGGGCGGGGCUGUCGCGCGCGAGGUGCUGCUGAACGGCAAGCUCAAGGCGAGCGACAUUAUCGAUCGGCUUUCUGAGAAUGGCCACGAUCGUCGACGAGCAGAUGAGAUUUCUUUGGUCCUGCGUGACAUGCUUUAUAAAGCCUACCUGCAACCUUCGGUACUGAGCCAGCAGACGAACCCACGAGACAAAGAGAUCGGCUGGUCUCAAAGGGAAAGACAAGCCAUCAAAGGCGCCAAAUUGUCGACUGGCACGGAUCGAGAGAUUGUCGAAACCGUCAAGAAUAGGAUGGCAAGGGAAGAGCAACAAGCCUGGGAAGGUGACGCCAUGGGCGCUGGCGGCAUAUUUGGCGGAGGGUCGGGCCGACUUGGUCUGCUCGUGAGUGCUUCCGCCACGCACGGCUUGCACGAGUCUGGUCAUGUUGACAAAGCAAAGCAGACUGACGUAUCUCACGAUCUUUCGGCAUCUCACAGAGACGAGAUGCAAAGCGAUCAAAAUCCGGCUCGAGUAGGAAAGGCGCCAGUAGUAGCAGCAGCGCCAGCAGCAAAAAGCGAAAGGUGGAUAGCGGCAAGAGCGCGACUUCCGAAAAGCUGCUGCGUGGGCGAGGGACAGACGAGGGCGAUGCUGAGAGGGAGAAUCUUGAGAUUGAUGUGAGUGACGUGCUUCUCCGAUUGAGCUCAGCACGUGUGCAAAUCGCUCACGUGGCGAUGCCACUUGCUUUGUACGUUUGCCUCUCGCAGCCUGACAUCUUCCUGAGGCUGCACUAUCCUCGCUUCGACGUUCACCUACGCGACUUGGUGAGUUUCGUUGAGAUCGCCAAUCCUUGUGCGCGAAAUCUCACCACGCCUACACGCUCCGAUUUCAGAUCAUGUGCCAAGCCAUCAGAAGCAAGUUCAAUGAGACGUGCUCAGAAGUAUUCCAGUUGAUGAUUCAGAUUGGAGAGGCCAAGGAGGAGCGACCAUCGGUAGGAGAUCAUCAAUCUGGUGAGUGAUCAAUUGAAAGAAAGUGCUUUUCCAUCGACAUCAUCGCUCACAUUCGAAUUCGUUUGGAUCUGCAGGCAUCUUCAGUCUGAGCGAACUUUCCGGCCAGACUGCAUCCUCCAUACAGCUUUGGAAAGGCUUGGACAAGGAAUCGCUCAAAGAGUCGGGUCCAGCAGCUGGCGGCGGAGGCAAGGCUUCUCGCUACGAUCUAUUUGCAGAGUACGCGGCCAUUUUUUCUCAGACGGACGACUUGUCCCACACUAGCAUGGAGAGCAAAUUUAUACAGCCCGCUCCUGGUAGUACGACUACGCUUUCGGCUGGGGGAAGCCGCGUGGCUCAGAAAUUUGUGGUCAAGUACGACAAUACCGCCAAGAGACUAAAGAGAGCUCUGUUGAAGGAUGUGGUGCAGAAUCAGUAUGGCAGCAUGGCUACACGUAUCCUGUCGAUUCUUUUGGACAAAGGCAAACUUGAGGAGACGCACGUGAGUGGAAGAGCGUGCUCGGUAGGCUCUGCGCGCGGCAUCUGACGAAGCUUGGAUCAAACGGGUCAUGUCCUGACCAUUUGCGCUGCUCACUCGCAGAUUCACAAAUUGGCACUGAUCACCAUCGGUGAAGUGCGAGACUUGUGCGCGAGAAUGUUUGCAGCUGGGUUACUGUCUCUGCAAGAAGUUCCAAAGUCGAACGAUCGAUCCAACGUUUCUCGCAUGGUGCUGCUGUGGUUUGUGGACGAAAGCAAAUGGCGUUCGUGGUUGUUGGAUCAUCUGCACAAGACGCAGAGCAGGCUGUUGCAGAGGAGAAGAGAAGAAGAGAGGAGACAGGCUGCUCUGCUUUCCAAAACGCAGAGGAGCGAUGUCAAGAUGAAUGUGCAAGAGUUUCUGGCCGAUUAUGAAAGGGAACAGCUGGAGAAGCUCAAUAAUACCCUUGCUCUCAUCGUCGUGGCACAAUUGCGCAUCGAUGAAAACUCCUUUUUGCUCGCCGACCUGCCCGGUUGA